UAGAACCAGCCCCUUCCCCAGGCCCAGCCCAUCUGUUCUACUACAGACUUCAGUAACAUCACAGUGACCAGCAGGUGUCGUGGCGCUAUCUAAUGAACAGGGUAACCGGGAAGUAGGGCAGGUUCCAAAGAUGACGUCUUCCGCCCAUAAUUAAGAUGGCGUCAGCCAUGCUGCAAUUUAAGCUCUGUGUGCCCUUCCCAAGCUCGAGAGAGGCUCAGAUAGCCCAUAACUCCCUGUGCCCCGAUGCAGAACCUAGAAAAGGAGGGGUAAGCAAGACUCUGAAUGUUACAGACAACAUUCUGCAUGUAAACUGGACAGCAGAUGAAGCUCGUAUCCUGCGUGUGUCUGUCAGUUCCUUUCUGGAACACCUAUCACUUGUCAUUUUGACUAUAGACAGAUUUGGCCCUCCUCUGGAUAAUCCCUGACUUGAUUACACAGAUUCUUGCUGCCCCAGUAAUGUUCAAGCAUUUCCAUAUCGAUUAGAAUAAAUAAUGUAGUUGGUCCCAUAUUUAUGUGCAAUGACAUAACUGCGGAGGCACAUUGUUCUGACAGACCAUAAUGUUAGGUGCAUGUGGAAGACUCUGCCCACUCAUCAAGGAUUAAACUUUGCUGAAGAUAACAUGAAAAUCUAUGUAGGCUACAAACUACUUUAUUGAAUUUAUUUUAUUUGUAGCAUGUGACCAUUCUGAUCAGAAUUGUAUUGCAGAUAUUUUCUGUGAAUAAAGGAUUUUUUCUACGUA